UCAGCCACUCGGCUACUUAUAAUAACUUUGCCCGUUACAUUAUAUAACACUUUAUAUCUGUAUAACAGUUAACAUUAUCUUUUAGCAUUCAAGCUACUCGAAAUUCAAGCUACACCAGGAAGUGAUGUAAUGUUAUGACUGUCGAAAAGUGACCCAUCAUCCAAAUAAAAGUUGGAAUCCUUUAAUACUGUGGAGCUGAGUGGUGGAGCCGCGGAGUAAGCAUGGACAGCUUGUCCAGCCACAGCUCUUACCUUCUCCAGCAGCUUCAGGAGCAGAGGAUUCAGGGUCUGCUCUGUGACUGCAUGCUGGUGGUCAAAGGUGUUUGCUUCAAAGCCCACAAAAAUGUCCUGGCAGCCUUCAGCUCCUAUUUCAGGUCUUUGUUCCAAAAUUCCCCCAGUCAGAAGAAUGAUGUGUUCAACCUGGUUAUCCAGGAUGUCAGUGGCAUCGGCCACAUAUUGGACUAUAUGUAUACCUCCCAUCUUGACAUUAACCAAGAUAAUGUGCAAGCACUCCUAGACAUUGCUCAGUGUUUGCAGGUUCCAAAUGUGCAGAGCAUGUGUAAUGCUUUCCUCAAGCCUUGUCCUCCGCCAGUGGAAAUGCCUUCAUUUUCUCUCUCAGGCAUGUUGGGCUCAGAGCAUGACUGCCUCCUUGGGAGUAGUCUUCCUCAUGAUGUUGACCUGCCUUGUCCCUCUGAAUCUCAGAGGCCUGGCUUCAGCAGUGAUAUGGACCACACCAGAAGGACACCAAUUUCUGUGCCUAACAGCAGCUCACACUGUGAAAUAUCUAGCAGUUCUCAGGCACCUGUAGAAAAGCAGUUGGUUCAUGGGUACAAGCUCCGCAACUUCUACAGUAAGCAGUACUUUAAACAAAGUGCAAUUCAGAGCAAUAGUGCGAAUUCAAAUCAAGGCCCGGGCCCUUCAGUGGUGGAGGAGCAGCAGUGUCAACUUGGGAUAAGCCAGGGAGGCAACACCCCUGUGAACUCAGGAAACUUAGUUCAAACUAACCAAUCUUGCACAUCGAUGACCGUGGACAGAAACCCUGUCUCUUCUCUCACACCCUCAGAGAAUCUGAACACCCCUAACUCUGACCCAGCAGACUCCUCAAUGAACAAGCCAGUGCGCCCAAAGAAGGCUGUCUAUCUAAAGAAAUAUAACUAUCUUCGGUCUCAAAAGGCUUUGGAAGAGAUGUGCACUGAAUCUGUUAUUGAACCUGUACUUACAUGUUCAAAAGAGAACCUUCAAGGAGAGGCAGUGGUGCAGACUCAAACACCCGAAGCUCCUGUAGAAGAUAGUGCUGCAGGCAGAGAUGAGGUUCCUGAGACAGCCACAGAUGGACAGCUUCCCAGUCCUACACCUGUGAACGAAGAGGAGCAAAAUCUAAAGCCUGUGCCAGAGCCACCUCAGCAAUCAGGACACAAGCAAUAUUGUUGUGAGGUGUGUGGGAAGAUUUUUAAACACCCGAGCAACCUGGAGCUGCACAAGCGCUCGCAUACUGGCGAGAAGCCCUUUCAAUGCAAUGUUUGUGGAAGAAACUUCUCACAGGCUGGGAAUUUACAAACACAUUUGCGACGACAUUCUGGAGAGAAACCAUACAUCUGUGAACUAUGUGGUAAAAGCUUUACUGCCUCUGGGGAUGUCCAGCGUCACAAAGUGGUGCACACAGGAGAGAAGCCACAUCUGUGUGACAUAUGUGGCCGAGGAUUUAACAACUUGAGCAAUUUAAAGGAACACAAAAGGACUCACGCAACAGACAAGACGUUCACCUGUGACCAGUGUGGAAAGUCCUUCAACACGCACAGAAAACUUCUGAAGCACAAAGCACGGCACGCUGGGGAAAAACCCCAUAGCUGUGCCACCUGUGGGAAGUGUUUCAUUGGAUCAGGAGACCUGCAGCGUCACAUACGCUCGCACACUGGUGAGAAACCUUACGUCUGUAAUACCUGUGGAAAGAGCUUUACCCGGUCUGCCAUGUUGAGGAGACAUAGCAACAUGCACUGCAAGGGGCCUCCAGUUGACAGUCAGGUCACCGAGCCGACGCAUAGCUCAGAUGGAGGCACCUCAUUACCCAAACCUGUCGGCCAAAGCAAAUCUGCUUCUACCGGUGAGCAGCAUUUCUCCGCUAUGAUACCCCACACAGAGUUAGAGAAAUCCUCAACGCCGACUCCUUCGCCGCCACCACAAGCAACACCACAUAUAGAGACUUCACCUCCUAGCAUUCACCUCAGCCCAACAUCUACCCCGCUUCCAGAGCUGCGCUCCCUGGUUCCCCAUCACCUCCUCUCAUCCAGCCACCAGGAAAGAACUGCAGUCCUAUCUGCCACAGAUCGUACAAAGCUUGCCAAAUCGCAUGUAUCUCAGGAGGCGCCAUUUGGUCCGUAUGUUGAGAACGGGAACAUGCCAAUGGAUAGAGGCCUGGCGGGAAGGUCCUACCUGCCUCCCGCAGACAAUUACUGCAGUUCCCUCACAGGGUCAAGCAGGCCCUAUAGGUCCAGUGAAGGCCAGUUUAUCUCCAGUGUAACUCUGUGGGGCCUGGCAAUGAAAACUCUCCAGAAUGAUAAUGACAUGGAACAGUAAAAUCUUUCAUCUUCUUUCAAUAAGCACAGCAUAGCCAGAUCAGCCACCCAGUAAUAGUUACUCAGUUGAAUCUGAUUUUUAGCAUCUGCAUCACAAUUGCUUUUUUUUUCUUGAGUGGUGUGCUUAUUUCUGCACUGUGUUUAUUUGUUUACAGUUGCCAUAUAUUCUUUCUCUUCAUGAAGGACAUCAAAUUAGAAGGGAGGAUGCCCUCUCCCUUGCUAGUCUGCCCAGGUAGUCUAGAAAGGUAGAAGAGCUAAAACAGCAGCUUGCUUGAGACAGAUGAUAAACCGAGGGGCUGCACCAAGACCCAGUAUGAGACAUGCAAGAAUUAUCUUGAGCUCUAAAUCAUGGAAAACUAAUCUAGUGGAGUCCAAGAAGAAAAAUACAGCGCUGCUCUAUAAAGUACUGAGGUUGCACUGAUGUCGCUGAUUGGAAUGUAGCCUAAUCACUGAUGGUGCAGAGUAAGAGAGUUAACAGAGAAGAGUGCAGCGGGAGUUUUCAGUCCUCUGUGAUUCAGUGGGACUAGGCCUUUAUUGUUCUAAAUCUAAACAUCCCAGGCUGCAUCAGUGCUAAUAAAAAGCUACAUUCUUUCAUUUUUUUUGUAC